AUCAGCAACGGAAACAGAUGUUGGGAGUAUGGCAGGUGAGUUGUUGUUUUUUUGCUCUCAAUAUUGUAAAUAUUUUUUAUUUUUUUUUAACGUUACCGGUACUGUAAUUAUUUAUAGAAUCUUUUCCCCCUUUUUUAUAUUUAAACCCGCUUUUCAGUGCAUCCUAGUUGCUGUUCAUGUGGUUUUAGUAUUGGGUGACCCAAUCAUGAACUGGAAAAUACGGGACACGCCCGAGGAGGGUUUGGUGGGGGGGGGGGGGGGAUAUCCCCCCGCUAAAGAGGGGUCCGGGGGGCCUCGGCCGGAAACUGUUUAUUAAAACAUGCUCAUUUGAACUAGUUUGAGACCUAGAAAUCUUUUUAAUUGUACCUUCACUUUUGUCAUUUAAUUUAAACUCUGAGGCAUAUCAUCAGCGAAAAUAAUAUUUUCGCAGUAAAUACUUAUUUCUUUAUGUAUACAAGAUCUACCGCAGGGACACUGGUUGACUCAGUGUCGGCAGAGUGGUGGAGGGGGGGGAACGGUGCAGCGAUCACGCGAGCCCACAUUACUACUGCCACUGGCUACACAGCUUGCCAAAAUAUUACUUGAAGUUAUUAGGAGGUUUUAGUGAUUUGAAAAUGUGUUUGUUUUUAGAAACGGGACAUUUAGGCGUCCCGAGAGACUUUUUCGGGACACCGGGUACGAUCGGGAAAUAACGGGACAAUCCCGCUCCUUCACGGGACGUUUGGUCCCCCUUCUUUGAUAGAUCUUAAAUAUACAAGGUGACAAUGUUCACCGACUCUCAGUCCUUUAUUUAGAAUCAACUUUUAAUGGGUGAGCACUUUAAGCCUAUACUCAAUGUCUUACCAGUUGAAUUCCUUGGAGCAGCAACGGAGCACCUGCGGAGAUGCUCUAGGGGAGCCCUGAGGUCUGCGGGGCUUCGCGGAGCACAGGAUGGGGAACAACUGUCCUUAGUUGUUGUUUUUUUGACCCACCAUUGGGAUCUUAUUUUUCUGUCAUUCCCACAGCUAACGAAAAGCUUAUCAUUGGCCUGUCAGUCGGCAUCCCACUGUUUGCCCUGGUCUUUCUCGGCACAGGCAUUCUCGUGGUCAUCUGCAGGAAGAAAUCGUCAGGGACUUCGAUGACGUCAUGGGAUGACUAUUUAAAGUGAGUGGUUUUAUAGAGACUUUGAAAAAAUAUGUUACUCUCUAAACUAAACCGUUAAAAUCAUCAGUCGUUAGAUUUAGCUUGUGUUAAAUUAUCUAGAAUCUAACAAUGGUGAUGUUGUAGGUUAUGGUAAUAAGGAGGAGAGACUGCCAUCAGGUUAGGUAAAAGGAAGUGAGCGAAAGAAAGUAUGGGUGAACCUGAAAAAAACAACAACUAAAGAUGCAACAAAACAACGAACGUGUCGGCAAGAAGCCUUCAUCGGCGCACACACAAAAGUAAAAACAAAAUAAAAAACAAUAACACUUAGCUGCAUUGCAGUAUCCGAGAGGACAGCAAGAGGAAUGUGACACCAUAUAAGUAGGAUAUAAUAACAUAUUUGUUUGACUCAAUCGUAUACACAAGUGAGUUGUUGUUUUUUUCAGUGAUGAAUUGAUAGGUAAAUUAUUAUGCAGUACUAAGUAAGCAAGUUAUAUAAAAUAUGUUUUUAAAAAUAUUAACCGAAGAAAGAUAUAAUGUUCAGUAAUUCAACUUCAAUGGUGAUAGAGCUUCUUAUGGACUGAGUCCAUUGAUUGACCACCACAUCAGAACCCCUGUCUCGAGACUCAACGUUAAAAUCUAUCGUGUCCUUAAGCAUUCGUUUUCUCAAUUUAUGUGUCUAUUUAUUUUGGAUUGGAUAAGAUUGGUGUUUUUUUCCCUUAUCAGCACAAUGCCAAAAGGUUACAUCAGAGAAGGUGAGGGUGUCAACACUGGAGCAGCCGAUAUGUCCACCGGGUCAGGUUAUCAGAAUACUAACGGCUCUAAGACGCCACCCAAUGAAUACGAGCCGAUGUUUGGAAGUGAAAGUAAAGAUAAUUUAACCAAAGGUCAGUUUUAAAGGAAGGUCAUUUUUCAAUGGCCUUUUUUUUUAAAGGGAUUCUGUAUCUGUGAUCAUGUUCGGCAAUAUCAUUUGAGACACAAGUACAGAGAGUUCAUUUUAGAUACAUGUAUAGAUCUAUCAUUUGAGACACAUUGUACAGGCCUAAUAAUUGAGACACGUUUUACAGGCAUAUCAUCUGAGACACUUUGUACAGACCUAUUAUUUGAGACACAAGUAAAGAUAUAUCCUUUGAGACACAUUGUACAGAUGUAUCAUUUGAGACACAUUGUACAGGCCAUUUAUCUGAGACGCAUGUAUGAGACACAUUGUGUGAGACACAUUGUGCAGACCUAUCAUUGAGACACAUUGUGCGGACCUAUCAUUUGAGACACAUGGUGCAGACCUAUCUUUUGAGACUCUGUGUCAUCUAACACACAUCCUACAGACCUAUCAAUUGAUGCACAUGUACAGACGUAUCACAUUGUGAGACCAUCCAGCCCUCGAUUAAGAUUGCAUUGUCUAGAGCAAAAAGCGUCAGACCACCCCCCCCCCCACAUCCGUACAUCAAAUUCUUUGUUUAACUUGCCCAGACUUUAGUUAACUCCAUGGUGGAUUGUAUCAGAUAUGUUUACUGUGACAGGCCAAUCUCGAUUUUUUAAAUAAAAUGUUGUUGUUGUUGUUUUACGAUAGACACUACAGGACCUGAUCAAAUAUGACCUAUGCAACGAAUUGUUGAAACAUUUCACAAUGUAAAAUCUGUUUUAUUUCGUUCAAACCACAGGUCCCCAACCAGCCAACUUUUCCUGGGAUUUCCUAGAUAGGGCAUAUCCCAACAGGGAGGUAAGUACAAUCACAAAGGGGCCACUAUUAGUGUGCUGAAACACAUGUCAUCAUUUUGAAAAUAAACAUUUAAAAAAAUCGUUCCUCUGAUUGUCAAACUUAUGCCGCCAACAUUUUAUCACGUAUUAUAUAAACUGGUAGCUAAAUCAUGGUUAGGUCGAAUGUUUUAUUUUUAAUUAUUAAAAUUGGUAGCUAAAACUAAAUCAUGGUUAAUGGUUAGGUCGAAUGUUUUAUUUUUAAUUAUUAAAAUUGGUAACUAAAUCAUGAUUAGGACAAUGUCAAAUAAUUAAUUAUUAAAAUUGGUAGCUAAAUCAUGGUUUGGACAAUGUUAAAUAUUUAAUAAUUACAAUUUGUAACUAAAUCAUGAUUAGGACAAUGUCAUAUAUAUAUUUAAUUAUUCAAAUUUUUUACAAAAUCAUGGUUUGGACAAUAAUUGUUUAUUUUUUUAUGUGCCGACGAGAUCUUAAAUUGGGUUCCAAAUGUUCACCAUUAUAAUAUUGAUCAGAAAAUAAGGAGCCACCGCAUAUGUUCUACUUACAGUCAAGCUAUGUCGCUGAAACUAGGCACAUAGACUCGCCGCCGAUGACAACACAUUCUAUCAAAUUUUUUAACAACAAAAACACACCCCAUACACAUGUGCUACACAUUGAAACUAUUUAUAGUGUGUGACGUCAUGAAAUGAAAACAAAGACCAAAAUAUAAAAUAGCACAGCGAAACAAAUAUUAAUAUUUUCUUAAUAAAUGUCAUUUGUUUCUAUAUCGUUACAGACAUUUAAGAUUCAAAGACCCAAAUUGACUUAGUAAGCAUAAUUUAUAAUCUCAUUAAAAACGUACAUGUAUUUAUAAACAAUGACCUUUGCAUUAUAUAAAUAAUUGACCUUAUUGACAAAAUAAAUGUAUUAAUUAUAAGUAUAAGGCAUUAAAAAAAAGUGUAUAUCAAUUAUUAUUACACAACUGUUAACAUACUUUUUUAAAAAAUCAUAUAAUUUCAUACUUUUUUAUUUUUUUAUUAGUUUUAGAAGUCCAAAUUAGAACCUUUUAUAUAGACCAGAUUCCAUAGUUUACGAAGCUGUGGUAGUGGAAGGUAUCUUUGUAUUUCUUCCAAAUUUGUAAACGAGAGCUUUUUAAAAAAAUAUAUUUUAUCAACCAGAUACACUAAGUAAGACUAUUUAAAAUAAUGUAAUUACCAAUGCAUUUAUUUUCCCCCCAUUUCAGAAGCUCUCUAUCCAUAGACGUAGCUCCGGUCAUAUUUUUUUUUUUCACAAACAACGUCUCAAGCAACGGUACUAUUUAUAGCCUCUUCGGGACGUCCCCGUCAAACAGCAGCCGAAGAACUGUGAAUGGUUCAUAUGACUUGGAAGUGUUCACCUCAAUUUGUUUAUUUUGAUGAGUUUUUUUUAAUGUUUGUGCAAUUAAUUGUUCUUAAAUUAUUUCAGGUGGCUGGUCCACUACAAAAUUGUUAUUUGUCAUUAUUCCAAAUAGUAUUAAACUAUAAAUUGAUAAAGUUCUUGAUUCUGAAGCUAGAACCAAUCAGUGAAUCAGCGCGCUCUCUCGACAAAACAAAUUAGUUAAGGGAAUGUAAUAAAUGGAAUCAGAUCCACAAUGAAUGGAAGGAAUUUCAGGAGUUUAAGCAGCAUUGACAACUUUAAAAAAAAAAAGAUUCUAACUUCUUUCUGGAAAAUACUGACUUGUUGAAGACGAUUUUCUAGUUGAAGUCAUCCUAUCAAGAUGUAGCCUACUUCUUUUCAGUAGAAAGUUCGAGCUGUCAGCGUGGUAACCACGCAACCACUGCUAAAUGUGUAGGCGAUUGUCAGGAGUGGUGGACAGUAAGCGCCCCCCCCCCCACGAACAUAAAGACGAGAAAUUUAGAGUCCAUCAGUCGGCUUGAAAAUAUAAAAAAAAAAAGGAAAAUCACUGGCUGCAGGAGCUCUGCUUACAAAAAACCACUCAUUUAGAGAGUAUAGCUUUGAGUGACAUGAACUAGAAAAACAUCGAGGUAUAUCUUACACAAGUUGCCUUGAUAUCCCAUUGCUCCAGACACUGAAAUUCCGUGAAGUGACGUUGCAAGGGUUAGUGUACAAAAAGCCCAAUGCCGAUGGUGCCACUCGGGAUGAAUCGCCCCCUUCUCCCUCCCCCCCCCUUUUUUUUCUCCUUAAGCCGCUGAUUCCGAGUACACAAUAAGAUGACAAGGUCAAUUUCUUGACAGGGUUGUGAUGCUUUCUAGAUGUGAUCCACUGUUGGAAUACCACCUUAUGGGAUGAAAGAGGAUCUCCCAAGGGCGACAACACCCCGUAGUGGCGUCAGUGGUUGUACUGGCGUGCCUUGUUUUUGUGACGCCUAAAUGCUGUCACCGAAUGCUGCCAGAGUCACGUCACGGUAACAAAAUCCUACGCUAACACACAAUACAGGAUCUUGCUGUUGUGGGGAUCUGGACAUGUUAAAAAUGAAAUUUAAAAAAUGGUUUCUUCUUAUUAAAGAGCCUUCGGGAAGAAGUGAACAAAUGUAAGGAGUUGGCUCUGUAAUCGGGAGACUGGUAUUCAUGGAGUUGAAUUUACGCAGUCAACACCAAAUAAAUACUAUCUGUAAUUUCAUGGGGUGGAGUACAGAAAAGAUACACAGAUGGUCACCGUCAGCUACUUUCUGACGGAAUUAUUUUAAAUUGUUAAUUAUUUUUUUUUAAUUCACUUUUUUUUUAUAAUGUUUUUUUUUUUAAUGUAUUUUUUGUGUAUACUUAUAUAAAAUAUCGCCAUGAAAUAUAUUGUAUUAUUCUCAUAAUUCUUAUGGUCAGUCAAUGGACUUGAUUUAUUAUAAUUCUUUUAAUGUGGCUAUAAAUAAAUUUAAAUACAAAAUAAACACAACUUGCCAACUC